UCAUUGUUGAGCAUGGGACCUAUCGUGACUCUCCGAGCGUCUUAUAAAUGAAGCCCCGUAGAGACUCCGUCGAAAAACGCAAACCAACAAACAAUACCAAAAAUCAAGCCGCGGCGGCGCCGCUACCACCACCUUCAUCGGCAUAUUCUUCAUUACCUUUUUUCCGUACGGACGCAAUCGAAGACGACUGCCGUGGUGGGGGAUUGUAUCGAAAAGGCAUAAUAACCAUCACUAUGGCCGGGCAGUCUCGAAAAUGGAUGAUUCUAGUGGCGACAAUAUGGAUUCAGGCGUUCACGGGAACCAACUUCGAUUUCUCGGCCUACUCUUCGGUGCUGAAAUCGGUUUUGGGGAUUUCUCAGGUGCAGCUGAAUUAUCUGGCCGUGGCUUCGGAUAUGGGGAAGGUAUUUGGGUGGUCGUCUGGGUUGGCCUUGAUGUAUCUGCCCUUGUCUGUUGUUCUCUUUAUAUCUGCUUUUAUGGGUUUCAUUGGCUAUGGACUUCAGUGGCUUGUCAUUAGACAACUCAUAACCCUGCCUUAUUUCCUGGUGUUCCUUCUUUGUCUGAUGGCCGGUUGUAGCAUAUGCUGGUUCAACACAGUGUGCUUCGUUCUAUGCAUUAGGAAUUUCCCAUCAAACCAACCUCUUGCAAUAUCACUUACCGUAAGCUUCAACGGCGUGAGUGCAGCCUUAUACACUCUUGCUGCCAAAGCCAUCAACCCCUCUUCAAGUCCUUUGUACCUAAUUCUCAAUGCUGUCAUCCCUCUCAUCACCUCUGUGGCUGCUCUCAUCCCAAUUGUCCGCCAACCCUCUCUAGACCCUCUUCCACCUGAAGCAGUCCGCCGCGACUCGCUCAUUUUUCUCAUUUUGAAUGUCAUAGCUGUUCUAACUGGCGUUUACCUCCUCCUCUUUGGUUCAACAACCACUCAUGAUGUUGCCACUGCUCGUCUCCUCUUCGGCGGUGCCAUUGUCCUCCUCAUCUUCCCUCUUUGUAUCCCUGGUGUUGCCUACGCUCGAGAUUGGUUUAAACAGACAAUCCAUUCGAGCUUCCGUCUCGAUGGCUCUGGCUUCAUUCUUGUUGACGCUGAUGAUCUCGAGCUUCAUAAGGAGCUCCUAAUUCGUGAGGCUAGUAACCAUGAAAAUGGAUUACUUGAUCCAUUGUUAUGUAGUGACAAUGGAUUAGUGAGGAGUAAAAGUUGUGGCGGACAAAGCGGAGGGUGCUGUGAGACAAUGAUGGGGAAAGAUCAGUUGGCAAUGCUUGGUCAAGAGCACUCGGCUAAAGUACUUGUUCACAGGAUUGACUUUUGGUUAUAUUAUGUUGCAUACUUUUGUGGGGGUACAAUUGGCCUUGUUUUCAGCAACAACUUAGGACAGAUUGCGCAAUCGCUCGGACAGAGUUCGAACACCACGACACUUGUGACGCUUUACUCAUCUUUUUCCUUCUUUGGGCGGCUGCUUUCGGCUGUACCAGAUUACAUUCGCGGGAAAUUCUAUUUCGCAAGAACAGGAUGGCUGACCAUUGCACUUCUGCCAACCCCAGUUGCCUUCUUCUUACUCGCGAUGUCCGGAAGUGUGGUGGCGUUGCACACAGGCACUGCGCUGGUCGGGUUAAGUUCAGGAUUCAUAUUUGCUGCAGCUGUUUCCAUAACGUCGGAGCUGUUUGGGCCAAACAGUGUAAGUGUCAACCACAACAUUCUCAUCACGAAUAUCCCAAUUGGUUCACUAGUGUAUGGUCUUCUUGCUGCAACGGUUUAUGAUGCCAAUGCGAGCUCUGGUCUACGAGACGUAGUGACUGACUCGAUAGUGUGCAUGGGGAGACACUGUUAUUUCUUGACUUUCAUUUGGUGGGGAUGCAUAUCGAUUUUGGGGCUAACUUCUAGCGUGAUGUUAUUCUUAAGAACCAAACACGCCUAUGACAAUUUUGAGCAUAAACGUACCACGCAAUUGUACUAGUUGCUUCCCAUUGAGCCAAUUUGGGUCGUGGAUUAAAUCAUUAUCCAAUUAGCUUGAUCCAUUAUUAGUACGAAUCAUUAACUUGUACAUAAUUUCUAAUUUUUUUAAUUCAAGCUCCAUCCAUUUUCUAUU